AUGGCCCCUUCAGACCCCACCACAGGCGCUGGCGUCCUCCUCGCCUUUCUCAAACCCACCUCAACCGGAGGUAACGAAGCACAACCGGACGACAAGCUCGCCCUUUUGUCCACCGCCAUAGCAGGCAAUGUUCUCGGCAUCAAAACGGCAACGCAGUACAAAGCCGCAAAUACCGCAUACGAUAAACAGCAUCUCUUCGUCUGCGAAACAGAAGACCUGGCACGUGUGAAUGUGAAGCAGAUGUUGAAGUUUCUUAACGGCGAGAACGUGGGUGGAGAGUGGGAUGUCAGGGCGUAUUCUGAAGUCCAGAUCUUUGGUCCGGAGAAGAGUGGUGGUAUGUCUGCACGCCACAUCUCAUAUCUCAAGUAG